GCAAAAGGCUGCAGUGUUAGGUGCAACCAGUCUGGCUGGGUAACAACCUGCUCCCUGGAACCAGGCAAAGAUGGGGGAGCCCGGCAGCCCCGCACUCCGGGCUGUUCUCUUCGAGCUGUGCCCCAGCAGUGCCAUACCGAGCCCAGAUCCCCCAUUCGCCCUCCCAGAGCCGGCUCCCGCCCUGGAGAAGGGCUUUGAGCCAUGGGCAGUCAGCAGGGGCAGCGGGCUGAACGACAGUGAGCCCGAGGACUUCCUCAACAUGAUCAUCAACCCUAACAAGGUGUACAGCCCAGGCAGCGACAGCGGCAUCUCGGAUGAGCCCGGCUCGGACAGCCCCCAGCCCGGCGAGGGGGCCCCUGCUGCCUUCUGCGCCGUCGUCUGCGACCAGAGCAACCCCCUCCACAGCUACGUGGUCUCCAUCCAGCUGGGUGACUGGUCGCCCCCCUUGCUGAUCCCUGACGCCUGCAUCGUGAAUGAGCUGCCAUCUGCACCCCCGUCUGCCAUGCCCAGGCCUGGCACGGUGCCCGUGCUGGUGAGCGCUGGGGACAUGCAGGCAGCUGUGGCCCUGCAGCUGCAGUUCCCGGAUCUGUUCCUGACGGACGAGGAGAAGCGGCUGCUGUCACAAGAGGGGGUGUCCCUGCCCAGUAACCUGCCCCUCACCAAGGCCGAGGAGCGGGUCCUGAAGAAGGUACGGAGGAAGAUCCGGAACAAGCAGUCGGCCCAGGACAGCCGGCGGCGGAAGAAGGAAUACAUCGACGGGCUGGAGAGCCGGGUGGCAGCAUGUUCAGCCCAGAACCAGCAGCUGCAGAAGAAGGUGCAGGAGCUGGAGAAACACAAUAUCCUGAUCUUCUCCCUGGGACUCAUCCUCUUCCCCAGCUAUAGCCCCCUGCGCGGGGGGGCGCAGGGCAGCCAGGGCGGCUACCAGCCCACCGGAGUGAUCUCCAGGAACAUCCUGAACCAGGGGGAGUUCUCAGAACUGGCCGAAGCCCCUGGCACCCAGGAGCCGCCGGCCCCAGAGCCUGAACCACCCCUGGGGGAGCAGCUGGGGCCUGAGGCUGUGGCGGAGGAUGGAGUGGAAGGGGCAGACGGGAGCCAGAAGGGCACAAACAUGACCACUCAGGCCCAGCUGGAGCAGCCGGCGGCUCCCAUGGGGCUGCCCCAGGGGAACGGAGCUGGAGCCAGCAGGGACGCAGCUAAGUCAGCCCAUGGCGACGAGAUGUGAGGGCAGCAGGGACCAGACAGGCCAGAGAGCUGCGUUCCCAGGGCAGGGCAGCGACAAACCACAGCAGACGAGCAAAGGAAGCAAAUUCUGACAGCACUUCGCAUAAACCGGUGUUUGAUCCCCCCUUGGCAGCCCAGGUAAGAAAGGUGUGAAACGAGGGGAGCCGGGUUCCCCGAAACUCUUCCCAGCCUGCCUGGAAAUGGUAGCACGGCGGGUGAAUUGGGAGGGUGGAAUCAACCUGAACGGAGAGCGGCUAAAGCAUCUUAGUGUCACGGACGAUUGUGUGUUGAUCACCGAAAACACCAUCAGCCUCCAGAACACGCUGCGAGAACUCGACACACGAAGCCACCACGUGGGACUGAAAAUUCACUGCUCCAAAGGGAAACACACUCGGUCUGGCACAUGGCCAGAAGCCUGAAGAGCCCAUGGAAGAAAGAGGCCAAGACAUUUCCAUGCGCCACGCUCAGGAAGGUGAACUCUGCGAAGGCAGCAGGCACUUCGUGCACAUUCAGUUCUGGCCAGGAGGCUUUUGACUGGCAGGAAAUAAGUAGCCACAGUCAAGCUCCGCCCACAACCCCCCAGCUCCACCCACAAUUCCACAUUGCCCAUCUGUUUCUACUAAAAUGCUCAGCCAGGCAAUUGUCCAUCAUUAGGUUCCAGAGUCAGCACCAUACCCCAGGCUGCUGGCGCCUCUCUCUGUGCUCUCUGCUGACCCGGGGGUGCAGCACCGUGGCGGGGGGAGGAGGGGCAGUUUCGUGGGAACCAAAAGGGCUAGAAAUGUUCAGUUUUAGACAAAAGCUUUAAUGCUGCCAGCUGCACCAGGCGCAGAUGGGAAAAGGCCGGUCUGGGCAGAGCUUGCCCCUGGCGCAUUGCAGGGAGCUGGGUUCAUAUCGCAGGGAGUGCUAGUGGCACAGCUGUUUUCUAUUAUGAGCCCCCAUUCACCCCGUGCUAGUGGCGGGUGGCAUUUCUAGUUAAUAAAAUAUCCUGUUUAGUUUUCACCCAGCUCUGGGUUGGUCUGGGACAGGCGGCUCCGGGCGCAGAGAAUGAGCAUACAUCACGAUAGGAUCUCAAAGCACCUAACAGGCUCUGCAGAAACAUCGAGCUUGUUUCACCUAGCACUGAAAUGCAACUACCUCUGGGGUGGGCCUCGGCAGCUGUGCAACAGCAACAUACACAACAGAUUGGGCCAGGAAGUGAAGAAAAGGAUCAGAUUCAACCGGAAUGACAAGGGGAAACCUGAGCAGGAGCCGAGGCUAAGACACCAGGCGAGGGAAACCACAACCUGCCAGGGGCUAAUUUCAUAUCUAAUCGCAGCCCCUUCAC